UUAUAGCUUGGUUCAAAAAUUGUUUUUCCAUAUAUUGACAACCAAAGCAAAAACAAAAUUUAAAUCCUUGUGUUCAUAAUUUGAUAAAAAAGCGUUUUGCAGAUUUUUUCUUAUCGUUACUGAUUUUAAAAAAUUUAAACAAAAUUGUUUUUUUUCUUCGAAACUUUCAUAUAAAAUGUUCGACUUAGUUCCCCUUCUUUUUUCUGUUUUAAUUGUGUCGGUCGGGGUUAAUGGUCAGAACAGAUGGUCACAAGAAACUCUUAAUUUGACCACAGGCGUCUUUCUUAUAUCCGAAAAUGCUACGACUGGGACUUCACUGUUCCAUCUGAAAGUUGUGGAUGGAACUGGAACUGGCAACGAAGUUCCCGACAGCCAGAUCACCUAUGUAGUGAGCCCCAGUGGAAUUGUUUCCAUAGAUGCCAAUGGUCUUGUGAGAAUACUGAAUGCACCAGAUUAUGAGAACCUACCGCAAACCGAUGGUCUCUUCUUGAAUUUCACAGCUUCCGUUGACAAUAUCUGGUUGACCUCUGACAGCCCUCUGCGAAUUGAGUACUCUGUCGUGAAUGUCAAUGACAACCCGCCCUCGUUUGACCCAGUCCCUAAUGCAAAUUAUUCAAUAUUUGAAACUAGUGAAGGCGGAAUCCCAGUGGACGUAAUUCAAGUCAAGGCCACAGAUGUGGACAGUACAAAUUUGACUUACCAUUUCGUGAACUCUUCCGGCGAAAUCGUGCAGACGAUAGGUCCCUUCUCAAUUGGAGAGAUUAGUGGUUUGGUGCAAUUGGAAAAUGCCGUUGACUAUGAGACUGACCAGAGGGUGUACCAAAUUGAAAUUAUUGUCACGGACAAUGAUCCCGAUUGGCCUAUGAGCAAAAACGCUAACGUGCGUAUUAACAUCCUAGACGUACAAGACACCCCGCCAAUUUUCGAUGAACAGUAUCCUGUGUUUUCUGUGAAUGAAAAUGUACAAAACGGGACGCUAGUCGGAACAGUUCCAGCAGAAGAUGGAGACUCCACCAACAAAAACGAAGUCCACUAUUCCAUCUCGCAUGCAGACCCAGACGGUCUAUUCGUGAUUAACAAAACUUCGGCUGAAAUUUUGACAGAUGGCGAAAUUGAUGCUGAAGUUCUACCUCGUCGAGUAUUUUUAACAAUUGAAGCGAUUGAACAGUGCUCAGAUGUGGAUCCAAAUGCAUGUAGUACCUCCGAAGUCUCGGUUGAGAUAUUCGUUGGCAAUUUAAAUGACCAGGCGCCUCACUUUACUUCCGCCAGUUAUGGCGCCACGAUUUCUGAGAACCCGACAGUUGGAGCUGCGAUUACUGUCCCAAAUUCGACCAUUCGAGUUUAUGAUGAUGACGUGGGCAAUAGUCAGCUGACGGUGAGUAUUCUGGAUGCAAAUGAGGAUGACUCAUUCUCAGCUGGGCAAUAUGUUUCACUGAAGGCAUCGGUUCUCUCAGUGUCCAAAGGCACAAAAAGCACUGUGGAAAUCAUCAUAAGCAACGCUUCUUUCUUCGACUAUGAAACCAACAAACAACUCAUUAUAUCGCUGCGAGUUUCGGAUGGCGGAGAUGUGUUUGAUUAUUCAACAGUGCAUUUGACAAUACUUGAUGAAAAUGACAUGGUGCCCUAUUUUAAAGAAGAAAGUUUUGAUGUGAGCCUGUUUGAGAACCUCACAGUUGGAGAACCAGUCUUCCAAAUGCAGGCUUUUGACGACGACUCCAACCCGAGGUUGAGUUUCAUAUUCUUUCCACCAAACCAACAGCACUUCAAACUGAACCGCUCCUCUGGUCUGAUAAAUCUGCUCUCUCCUGGCUUUGACUACGAACAGAAUCAAACAUACACACUGGUUGUGGAGGUCUUUGACGGACGCCAUACUGCAAGAGUUAAUUUGACAGUGUCCGUUUUGGAUGUUAAUGACCACACCCCCCAGUUCACCGAAGAUGAGUACUACGCCACUGUCUCGGAAAACGAUGACUCAUUUCAAUACCAGCUGUCUGCAUCUGAUUCGGAUGGAUCUGAGCCUAAUUCCCAAUUUAACUAUUCCAUUGUAUCUUCCACUGGAGGGGACUGGUUAAUUAACCCUGAAACUGGGUUGAUAACCCUGGACACAGCCCUGGACAGAGAAGCAAUUAACGCUGGUAACAUAACUCUCACAGUUGAAGUGACAGAUUUUGGAUCUCCUCAAAGGCAGAGCGACUGCCUAGUCAUCAUCGAAGUCACAGACAAGAACGACAUAGAUCCGGAGUUCAAAUCUGACCCAUACCAAUUCAACAUUCUCGAAAAUCACGAAAAAGGAGCUGAGAUUGGCCAGGUCACAGCGACAGACGAAGACUACAGCGAGGAGUUCAACACUGUUGUUUACACCUUAGAAUCUGCAAAUGACAGAUUCGAAAUUGUAAAGGAAAGCGGAGUCAUCUAUCUGAAGACUGACAGUGCUCCAUUAGACCUCGACCUCAACCCCCCUUCAUACGAGGUCACAGUGGUGGCCUACAAUGAGGGUCAGACCACCCAGGGGUCAAGGGUCAGUGUGCUGAUAAACGUGGGUGAUGUGAAUGAUAAGGCGCCAGUCUUCAAUGCAAGCUCUUACUCUGUCACUAUUCCAGAAAACUUGGAUGUCGACUCAGUUGUUGUUGAACUGCAAGCCACGGAUACUGACCAGAACUCGAAUCUGUUUUUCCGACUGGAUCCGUCUGUACAAACUAACUCCCUCCAAAGUCCUUUCUCGUUUGAAGCCAACAGACUUGUUCUCAAAUUUGGACUAGAUCGAGAGGCGCUUGAUGAGUAUGUUUUAGACUGUGUAGUUGAAGAUUUGAACGCAGACGAGAAUGUACAAACGGCUACAGCCCGAGUGACGAUUUCGAUUUUGGAUAUCAACGACAAUGCGCCCGAGCUGACCUCCCCCACCGAGCUGGCCAUUUCGGAGAUCAGACCCCCCAAUACACUUGAACCAUUCACAGUCUUCGAGGGGAGGGAUAGGGACUUAGGAUUGAACGGUCAAAUCUUAUUCUCAUUGGCUGAAGAUAGUUCUCAGUUCAGAGUUGAUGCAGAUGGUAGUUUUUACUUGAUUUCUCCACUGGACUUCGAGACAGAUGCCAGAUACACACUUGAGCUCAUUCUAACUGACACGCCCUUAAAUGUCAGCCUGCGUCUUUCGUCUCAAUACACUCUGGCUGUAAAUGUUCUGAAUGACAACGACAACAACCCUGUCAUCGAAUGGACACGAGGAAACACAUUAAGGGUUUCGGAGGGUGUUUCUGCCGGCUCAGUGAUUCAUGUGUUCACAGCUAUCGACCCAGAUGGAGACGAAGAUCUCACUUUCUCACUAAUGAGUCAAAAUGAACAGCAGCACAUCUCAAUUGCAUCAAAUGGCUCGCUGUUUGUGUCGGGGGAGCUCGAUCGAGAAACUUCAGCUCAGUAUGAUUUAGUCAUUCAGGUCGUCGACAGUGCUGAAAGGUCUGGAACCGCACAGGUGACGGUUGUUGUGAUCGACGUGAACGACAAUGACCCCCAGUUCAUCACUUCACUGUUCCCCUUUGAAGUGGCGGAGGAUGUGGAUGUCAAUGGGGUAGUGGGGAGAGUGGAAGCGUCUGACCUUGACGAAGGAGAGAACGGACGCAUCUCUUACUCGUUCAAUGCCAUUAACCAGACCACCUUGAACUUUUUCUCAUUGGACGAGGCAACUGGCUCUCUAUUGGUGGAAAAAAGUUUGAGUGACAUGAUUGGUCAGUUUUCGUUCUCCGUGGUAGCCGAAGACAGAGGGAGGAGGAGGUCGACUGCAAAUGUGGUGGUGACUGUGAGGGAUGUGAACAACCACGCCCCUCAAAUAUCAUCCCCUUUCCCCAAUCAGGAGUUCAACAUCAGCGAGAGUGUAGAUGUCGGUUACGAAAUAGUUCGAGUUCUAGCAUCAGACAACGACGAGGGAAAAAAUAGUGAGCUUUCCUUUUCUCUCGAGUCGACCUCCCCCUCGGAUCUGGAAAAAUUUACACUAGAGGGGAAUAUUCUGAGAGUGAGCGCCAGUCUAGACGCCGAAUUGCAGAAACAACACACGCUGGUGUUGGUUGUGCAUGACGGGGGUACUCCCAGUCUCAAGGACGAGGUGAAUGUGCGCAUCAACGUCCUCGACAUCGCGGACUCCCUCCCCUACUUUCCAGAAACACAGGUGAGUAUGAGCGUGGCAGAAGAUCAAGAAGUGGGCAACAGUGUCGGCAAAGUAGUGGCCGAAGACAGAGACACCACCGACCAAGAACCCAUCCGGUACUCAAUCAUAAGAGGUAACGAUGACAACAACUUUUCCAUCGGCACGACCACUGGCAUCAUCCGGGUAAAUAUGCCUCUGGACAGGGAAUCACGUGACGAGUACUGGUUGACAGUGGAGGCUUCUCAGGUCACAGAGCUGCCCAACCCAGAGUUCGCCACCCAGAUUGUGAUUGUGAGAGUCGCAGAUGUUAACGACAACCCCCCUCAAUUCUCAAAGCAGAUAUAUAUUACUGGUAUCUCGGUGGAGACCCAGACAGACCCGGAUGUGAUCCAGCUGUCGGCAUCCGAUCCAGACACCGUGGACUCGGACCAGCUGCGCUUCCAAAUAGUGGACACUCGCACACAGUUCAUAGGCGCAGACGGGUUCGAUCCAGAUGAACUGUUCCGGAUAGACGAGAGGAGUGGACUGAUUGAGAGGACAGUCAAGUUUCCCCAGACCGUCUCGGGCUACAUUGACCUCAGAGUGGAAGUGACAGACUCAAACCUCAGACACAAGGUCACCUGCGAGGUCAAGAUCUACCUGCUGAAGGAGAGCGAGCGCCUGCUGGUGACGAUGGAGCAGCCCAUAUCCCACGUGGUGUCCCAACUCCAACAGAGCCAUGAAGAUGGCAGACAGUGGGGGUUCAUUGAGACACUCAACCACAUUGUAAACGCGAGUGUGAUUGUUGACGACGUGGCGGUGCACGUGAGUGCCGACGGGUCACUCGACAACUCCAAGACAGACCUUUACAUCCACGCGAUAGAGACCGGCUCCAACCAGGUCAUAGAUGCCUCUCUCAUAGUCCACGAGAUGGACCGGAGUCCCGAGGAGGUCCGACAACUCAAACAGGACUACCUAGUGACUCAGAUCCGAGAACUGGUCGAAGACGACGACGAUGACCAGAUGAAGAUCAUUUUGGCCGCUAUCUUCGGAGGGGUGGGGGCUCUUCUGUUGUUCAUACUCUGGCUAGCGCUCAUUUGUUUUCUUCGGAGGACCCGCAAGGAGUUGGACGAGGUGAAGAAGAAGAGUGAGUCAUACCCUGAGGGGGGAGGGGACAGUAGUAGCAUGAGUGCAAUGGAGCAGUACAUGCGUCGCAACCAGUUCCACUCCCCAGUUCCAGGCACUAUAGAUUACGUGUCCGCCAAACAGGCUCUACACAACGGCAGGUCAGAUGCGGCUGGAAUGCACCCAGACGUAUUCUCCAACUUUAACGGCAGCCACGCCGACUCUGACUCGGCAUUCGGGGCUGAAUUGGGAGGCGAAGACGGGUUCCCGCACACUCACUCGGAAGCAGGCUCAGGGAGAGGCAUAGACCAUUUCUGGAGCAGCAAUGCUUUGCAAAGCUUCCUGGAAGACUCGAUGAACCCGGACAGGAACCCGGACGUCUUCAACGAGAGUCAAUUAGUCUCACUGCAGAUAGACGACAGAUUCGAAGAGGAUGAGAAACUGCCCUCCCCCAUUGGCCACCACAACCCCCCUCCCGAACUACCCUCCCCCCUCAGCGCUGAGCAGAAACAGGAUGACAAAACAGAUGUGAUAAAUCCUGCCAACAAUGCUACGGAGUACAUGCAGAGCUUCUGAAAGUGUUACUCUUUGGAACUAUGUUUGACCAUAAAUAACAUUAAUUAAUGGUACAUCUGUGAAGCAGUAGUUUCUACAAAACCAAUUACGUGCACGUGCAUAUUACCAGCAAGUUGUCGUUGUUUUCUUCAAAUUUUUAGUUUUGAAAAACCAAAUCAUAGACAUACUGUGAAGCUUGUUUGAUUUUCAAUUGUCUCGACAAGGAUGCUGCUUCUCAAGUGAUUUCACCGUUGCUGUAAAUAAAUUUUCAGGCUCAUUCACAAUGUCAGAUUUUUUUCGUAAAUUUGAACAUGCAUUAAUUAAACUACUUUCAAAAACAUAAAAACGUUUGGUCGUCCAAUAUAACUAAUAAUGAGAACUGGUAACAUCUAAAAUUUGAUACUUAUUUCUGGAUAGGGUGGGGGGUUAAUGAUCGAUUAUACAAUAGGUAUGCUGAUACUGAUAACGUUGUACAAAACUCUUAGACUUUAUGGGUUGGCAUUGAUAUGUAUGAUAGAUAUUUUGGAAGAUAGUAGCUCGGAAAUUGCUCAAAGAGAUAAAUUAGUUCAUUUUUGAUCACAUUCGUAGCGAGCAAAAAAAUAUAUAUGAUGGGAAGCAACAAAAAAGUUUCUAUCAAACUGUUCUUCACUCAUAACAAAUUGAAUACACCCCACAAUAAUUUCCCAAAUUGUAUUUCUGUUAUGAAUUGAAGAUUCCAUAAAUGCUGAUGUAAAUGUCUAUACCAACGAUGUCGAUGUAAAUUAAAUUUGCAUAUUAGAAAAAUCCUAAAAUGUUCAUUUAGUUGUUAAUUUAUCAUCAAUCAUAGUGAAUUUGCUAUCUAAAACGGGUU